UCCUCUCGCAUGCAGAACACCGUCAAUUCAAGCUCUUCUCGGCCUCUUUCAUCUGAACAUGAGGAAAACUGAUCUGUACUAGGCGAAAUAUGUCAGAGCUCUGCGAUCGGAUCCUGAAGUGACCUGGAUUUCCCCCCUCCCUCGGCCCGUCUUCCUCCGCUCGUCGGUUCCCCUGCUCCGCCAUGGCUGUCUCCUCAGAAUCCCUCCCGGCCCUUUAAAUACCGCGUGGGGCGGGGGGGGGGGGGGAGACCGGGAGGUUGGGGGUUGUUGGACUAGUGAGUUUUCAAGGUGUUUGUGCGGUGCUCGGUGAGGGGACACACAGAGACCCUUGACCCAGGCUCCCUAAGUCGCCUUUCUCCGCCUGUCUCUGCGCCGGACCCGGCGCUAUCUCUUUGCCCACACUCGAGUGACACAAAAUGCCCUUCAAUGGUGAAAAGCAGCAUGUAGGCCAAGACCAGCCAAGAGAUUCAGACUCUCCCCGGUUUUCCGAAAGCAUGGCUUCACUCAGUGACUAUGAGUGCUCAAGGCAGAGCUUUACAAGCGACUCUUCCAGCAAAUCCAGCUCUCCUGCUUCAACAAGCCCUCCCAGAGUUGUAACAUUUGACAAAGUGAUGGCGGCAGCAAGGAACUUAUCAAACAUGACACUUGUUCAUGAAAUUGCUGUAAAUGAGAGCUUCCAACUGAAACAAGACGCUCUCCCCGAGAACAGCUUAGCCAGUCAAGUAAAGCACAUUGUCCACCAGGCCUUCUGGGACGUCCUGGAGUCAGAACUGAAUGCUGAGCCUCCCGAGUAUGAACAUGCCAUCAAACUGUUUGAAGAAAUCAGAGAGACUCUCCUCUCUUUUCUGACUCCUGGCGGCAACCGACUUCGCAACCAGAUCUGUGAAGUUUUGGACACAGACCUCAUUAGGCAACAGGCUGAGCACAGGGCUGUUGACAUCCAAGGCCUGGCCAACUAUGUCAUCAGUACGAUGGGAAAGCUGUGUGCUCCCGUGCGAGAUGACGAUGUCAGAGAGCUGAAGGCUACCAGCAACAUCGUGGAGGUGCUGAGACAAAUAUUUCAUGUCCUGGACCUCAUGAAAAUAGACAUGGUCAAUUUUACAAUUAGGAGUCUUAGACCACAUCUUCAACGCCAGUUGGUGGAUUAUGAGAGAACUAAGUUCCAAGAAAUUUUAGAAGAAACUCCAAGUGCUCUUGAUCAAACUACAGAAUGGUUAAAAGAAUCUGUAAAUGAAGAACUGCUUUCUCUUUCUGAGACUGCUUUAACUCCUGGGGCCGAAAACAGCUCUAAGCCAAGCCUGAGUCCUACACUGGUGCUAAAUAACAGUUAUUUAAAACUGUUACAUUGGGAUUAUCAGAAAAAAGAAUUACCAGAGACACUCAUCACAGAUGGAGCACGUCUUCAGGAACUGACAGAAAAGCUGAAUCAAUUGAAAAUUAUUGCCUGCCUGUCCCUAAUUACCAACAACAUGGUGGGUGCUCUUACAGAAGGCCUCCCUGAGCUUGCAAACAGGUUAAAAAGGAUUUCAGCUGUUCUACUUGAAGGCAUGAACAAAGAGACCACUAACUUGAAGGAAGUCCUGAAUUCUAUCGGUGCUCAGACUUGUGUUGAGAUUAACAAGGCCCUGGCGGAGAGAGGUCUAUCCAUUUUGAAUGCUGAGGUCCAAGCUAAUCUCAUAGGCCAAUUUUCAAGCAUCGAAAAGGAGGGCAAUCCUAUCUGGUCCUUGAUUGAUAAACGAACCCAACUCUACAUGAAAAAUCUACUUUGUCUUCCAAGUCCUCAAAAAUGCAUGCCUCCCGUCCCAGGAGGCCUUGCUGUCAUUCAACAGGAGCUAGAAGCACUGGGCUCUCAAUAUGCAAACAUUGUGAAUCUCAACAGACAAGUGUAUGGACCAUUUUAUGCAAAUAUACUUCGAAAGCUGUUCUUCGGUGAGGAAGCCAUGGGAAAGGUGGAUGCUUCAUCUUCCAACUAAAGAGGAACUGACAUUGGAUUUGAGGUUGGAAAUCCAGCACUUUGGUACCCAGUCUGUUUCCGCCAGUGGCAUGACAGAUGUGGCACCUUCUCAGUCCUGUUCGUGGUGCAGUGUUGGCCUGAAUUGUGUAAUCCAGUAAUAUUAGCAUUGCAGAAAAUAUGCACUUCGUAUAGAACCUAUUCAUACAUCAUUUUCAAGUUCAUAAAAAAUGUUUUUAAUGGACAGAAGGCAAUUUGUAAUUGAUUAUAUUACCUGUAUAAUACCUAUAAAUGUUUUCUUCAGCAUUCAUAUAUGGCUUAUUCAUCCAACCUUAAGGAGUUGUUUUUCCUCACUUGUCAAUAUCAAAUCUAAUGAUCUUUAGUUUUGGUACAACUUCUUAAAGGGUUGGAAGUCAUGAGAAUAACUAAGGGGAUGAUGUUCUGAAUAAAUGAUGUGAAGUAAGCAUAAUUGUUUUGUAUUUGUAAUUUUUGAAAUGUACAAUGAAAUAUUAUUAAUGUGUAACAAAAACUUACAUGGUAAGUCUUCAAAUUCCACAAAUGUACCAAAUCACAUUUUAUAUUACCAAUUGUCAGUAUUUGUCUAGAACUUAAAUUUAUUAAAAAUAUUUUAAAGCUAUGUAUGAAUUUUAGAUAAAACUUCUAUUGUUCAUUUAGUGAAAACAGAAAAAAAAAUCCCUUGUAAAAUGUUAUUCUAGAGGUUAGUUUUCUCUGCCUGCAACUUAUCCUACUCUCUGAGAGAAAAAAUUUUUGCACAAAUAUCUUAGUGAAUGUCCUUGCAUUUCUCAGGCCCAUUGAUAAGGUUUAUAUAAGAUUUUGAUAUUUUUACAUAAGGCAGGAGUGGUUUGAAUUGAUUUAUGUGUAAUAAGGGAAGUUAACAAUAAAACCAAAUCUCCAGGAGACCCCCAUUCUCAGUGAAGUUCACAUCUGAAAAAGAAAUAGUUGAACUUUGGAUUUUUAAAAACCAUAUAACUUGCUAGCAAAUGCCUCCUGUGCUGACUAAAUUUUACCCCACUGUGACCAAGAUGCUCUUCUAAGUAUCAUUAUCAUUUGACAUUCUUGUGCAUUAGAGCAAAACUUGGCCAAGUUGGCCCUAGUUGUCAUUGGGAUUUUAGAGAAAUCUGCUUGUCCUGGAAUUACAUACUUGUUUUGAAAUGUUAAGGGAAGCACUAUGGUCUGGGCAGACUCCGUCUAGAAAGUACUUUAUUCCCAUAAAACACAUUUUGAUUAUUUUGUUCUCGAAGGACUCAUUGGAUCUUCGUAGUCUGGUGGGGAAGAAUGAGUAAGACAUAAAAAGAAAUCUUCCUUUCUUCUUUACCUCCUUUUCCUCACUAUGACUUCCACCAUUAUGGUGCUACUUGAUUAUUUGAUAAAGUUCAAGGAAAUGAUUGUGUGAAUAAGUUAUCUCCAAUCUUUACAUUUUGGAGGGAUCUGCCAAAAGUUGAGGAAAUUUUGUAAGUUUUUUUUUUUUCCUCACAAUGACCAAUAUAUAAAUCAGCCAUUCUAUCCAUCUGAGCAGCUGUGUAUAAGUAGACUUUUCCUGAAGAGCACAUCACUCUGGGUCUUCCCCAUUUGCUACCCUCUCUUCCUGUAUUUCCCUUCUGCCCGUGUUGUCCUGUGCUUAGAAACUAUAAGGUGCUGAAGAUUUUUGUUUUCAUUUUUUCUUAAGUUGAAGUAGUUUUCAACUGUGUUCACUUUGGAGUAUGGGUGGCAGGGAGGGUCUGACGAGGAAAAGUAAUAGGUAGUGUGACUUCUUGUUGCUUUCUGAGGUAAAUUGUAAACUUAACAAGAAGACCAGGUGGUGUACUUUUUUAAUCAUCAGAUUGGAAUCCAGCUGGUAUUCUCACAUACUUGAUUAUACUGCAAUUGCCAGCAGGAAAACAAUGUGCAGACUUUUUUUUUUUUUUUUAAGUGCAUUUAAAAUGAAGGGCAUUCUGCUGCUUUAUUUUUCCUUUUUUAAGUCCCAAAGUAAAUCUCAAUGUCUCAAGUCUGGAUUUAGGCAACUACAUUUAUUAGGCUUUUAAAAGCAUAGCCUUUAGCAUGUUGUUUUGGGUUUUGUUUUGUGGGGGUUUUUUUGUUUUUGUUUUUGUUUUUUGGUUUUACCUAAAUGUUUACUUCUCCUUUUGAGGUUUUCUUAACGUGGUCUUGUUUUUGUAAUGUCAGUUUUAUUAAACACCCUACACACAUUUUCAUUCUUCUGCUAAAACAUGUAUUGUGUGCACUAGUUAAAUUUUAAAACAUUAAAAAUUAUUUCAAGAUA